AUGGCGCUACCCGGUGUUUUACUCGUGCGAAUGAGAGCACUCUGUAGUUUAGGUAAAUGUAUUCAGUCAAGAGCCCAAACUGCCACAAACUGGAGCGAGGGGAUGCAUUGGUAUCGGACCAAACCCCGGAAUCACCAGGACCACGGGAUAGGCCACUAUCAGGGUAAACGAGCAAACCUUAAUCCAAGUCUUCUGAAGGAGUUUCCAGAUGCCAAGGGUCUUCUGCACAAUACAAUCUCUCGUUCACUGGGCAUUAGCGAUACAUCCGGACUAGUCCAAUACAGCUGCAAUGAAUAUGACGGUGUCAAGAAAGCAACAGUGACCGUGCUAUGGCCUUGUAAAAUUGAAGAGGAGGCAUAUGCAUCCAAAAAGAUUGAUGCCGAACGGGCUGCUGCAGCUGCUGUGUGCCAAAAAUUGAAGGACAUGGGUGUUAUUGGUCCAAACAAUCAGCUUCCCCAAAGAAGAGCGGGCAGAGGGAGAGGAGGGCUGCAGUCACAUCUCUUUGACAAAGAUGAGGACUUUUGUCAAGAUAACUUCCAUGUGUCUAAAUCAAUAUCAAAUGGACAAAAGCAGAUGCCUAUUGAAGAAAAUCCUGAAGUUUCUCAAGCGGUCUCCCUUUUUCCACAUGCAAAGUCUCUUCUCACAAGGGUCAUUCAAGUUGCCACCUCAUCCCAAAGAACAAGGGAGCUGGUCCAGUAUAAAAUUACUGGAGGGAAUAUAAAGACAUGUGAGCUGACAUUAAGAUGGCCUGAGGAGAUGACAUUUACAGCCGUAUCAAACAAACGAGCAACCGCAGAAAAGAGGGCCGCAGCUUUAGCAUGCUUAAAACUCAAGGAACUUGAGCUGCUGGAUGAAAACAACAACCCCCUGACUCAUGCAAAGUACCACCGUGAGCUGGUGAAGGAGGCUGGAGCAAGAGACAGGCGGCCAUUUCUGCUGGACAUUCCUGAAUAUCUGGAGGACAGUAUCAAAUCAUAUCUUUCAGAGUAUCCAGUGGCAGCAGAGGUCCAGAAGCUGUGGGAGGAAGAGGAGCAAGCAUCUCAACAGAAGGAGGAGGAGGAAGAAGAGGAUGAAGAGCCUCUGACAGAUGCUAUCACGGGCCGACCAUACAGACCUCUGUCUUCCCAGCAGGCCCAGCAGCUCAACUCCUACCUGCAGGGGGAGUGGGAGAGCGCAGACCCAGGCCUCUCUGUGGAGCUGCCCGUCGAUGCUCACCGCCAGAGGGUGCUGUCUGCAGUCCAGUCCUCCAGGGUGGUGGUGAUCGCCGGGGAGACGGGAUGUGGAAAAACAACCAGGAUUCCACGCUUUCUGCUGGAGGAGAGGGUCAGGGCAGGAGAAGGAGCAAACUGUAACAUCUUGGUCACUCAGCCCAGAAGGAUCAGCGCUGUGUCUGUAGCUCAUCGAGUGGCUCAGGAGAUGGGCCCAGCUCUCAAACGCUCUGUGGGAUAUCAGGUGCGACUUGAGAGCCGCCCCCCAGAGCACAGUGGAGGGGCCUUACUCUUCCUGACCGUGGGUGUCCUCCUGAAGAAGCUCCAGUCAAACCCCUCUCUCAAAGGCAUCAGUCAUGUGGUGGUGGACGAGGUGCACGAGAGGGACAUAAACACAGACUUGCUGCUGGCUCUGCUAAGGACUGGCCUGGAGGAGAACCCUGACCUCCGGGUGGUGCUCAUGAGUGCUACUGGAGACAACCACAGACUGUCCCAUUAUUUCGGAGGCUGCCCCAUUGUGAAGGUGCCUGGCUUCAUGCAUCCGGUGAGGGACAGGUUUCUGGAGGACGUGCUGAGAGAGAUGGGAAGACCACUGCUGCGUCAAGAUGAAGAGACCGAUAGUGAGAUGGAAAAAGAUGAUACAGUAUUAGAUUUGGAUUUGGUAGCUGAUGUGAUUGAACAUGUUGACAAAUGUGGAGAGCCAGGGGCUAUAUUGUGUUUUCUUCCUGGUUGGCAAGACAUCAAAAUGGUUCAAGAGAAACUGGCAGUUAAGCAGCACUUUUCAUCAGGCAAACAGAUGAUUCUGCCUUUGCACUCCAGUUUAUCAGUGGCCGACCAGCAGACUGUGUUCCAGCACCCGCCUCCAGGCCAGAGGAAAAUCGUUUUAACAACAAACAUAGCUGAAACCUCCAUCACAAUAGAUGACAUUGUGCAUGUGGUGGAUACUGGAAUGCAUAAAGAGCAGAAUUAUGACCCAAGAACAAAGGUUUCCUGUCUGGACACAGUUUGGAUUUCCCGCUCCAACGUCACCCAGAGAAAGGGCAGAGCAGGGCGAUGCCAGCCCGGACACUCGUACCAUUUAUUUUCACAAACGCAACUAAAAUCUAUGACUCCUUUCCCCAUUCCUGAGAUCCUGCGCACACCUUUAGAGAAUUUAGUUCUGCAAGCCAAGAUUCACAGUCCUACUAUUCGGGCUAAAGACUUUUUAGCACAAGUACUUGAUAGUCCUGAUAAAGGAGCAGUAAAAGAUGCUGUGCAAAACUUACAAGAUAUUGGAGUUCUGGACAAAACGGAGACCCUGACCCCUUUAGGAGAGCGGGUGUCUUACAUGUCAUGUGACCCUCGUCUGGGGAAAGUCCUCAUUCUGGGAGCCUUGUUUCACUGUGUGCUCCCUCUGCUGUCUGUGGCUGCCUGUCUCACCAGGGAUCCUUUUCACAACAGCCUCCAGAACCGGGCCCUCGUAAACAAGGCAAAGGAAUCGUUGAGUCAAUCUAACCACAGUGACUACUUGGUGUUAAGUCAAGUAGUUUCAGGCUGGAGGAGGCUUCAGAGGGAGGGGGACAGAGAGGAGAGAGAUGAAUAUCUGGAUAAAUACACACUCUCCAGGACCAGUCUACGCUACAUCAAUGGUCUCAUUUCUCAGUUCAGUGAAAACCUGUUUGAAGCGAAGCUUGUGUCUCGGGCCAGUGAGUGUCAGAGACAGGCCUCAGUCUACAAUGAGCACAUCACAGAGGAAGAGCUGCUCAAGGCUGUUCUGCUGGCAGGACUUUACCCAAACCUCAUUCAGGUAAAAAGAGGUUUGGUAACCAAAGGAGGGCGCUUUCGACCAAACACUUUGGCCUUUAGAACAAGAACAGGUCCAGUGAUACUUCACCGCUCCACUGUCAACAGAGGAAAAGAGCUGCCCUGUCGCUGGCUCACAUUCUUUAGUGCAGUGAAGUCCAAUGAUCAAGUUUUCAUCAGGGACUCUUCAGCUGUGCACCCUCUGGCCCUGCUGCUGCUCACAGAAUGUGACAUCCAUGAGAGAGUGAGUGGAGACCGAGUGGAGGUGUCAUUCCCUGGACAUGCACUGGUGCGCUGUGAGAUGGCGGCUGACACCUGGGAGUUGCUAUGGGAACUGCGUACAUCUAUCCUCACCAUGUUAUACAGAAACCUUAGCGACCCUGAGAAUAUAACCACCAACUCUGCACAAGAUGGAAAACUCAUAUCACUGCUGGUUCAACUGCUCAAUAAUACAGACUCAAAUCCAUACACCCAGAACAGUGAUAGUGAGGUGGACUGAAAUGUGUAAUGUUUUCCUUAGAUGUCCAGUUCUUUUAAAAUUAACAUAUUCUGUUUCAUGUUAUUUAUCAUUUCUGUUACAAUGACUUCUGGAAACUGGUUUUGUUUUGUUGUGGUAAAAUCCAAACAUUUGAUUGGAUUAUGAAUAAUCUUUGCUUCAUAGUAGGCAGAAAUUUUACUUGCUCUUGUUGAGUAUAAAGAUCACUGUACAAUGUAAGAAAAA